GGUCACUUUGUAGGUGGUUGGUGAUGCCUUGUUGAAUUCAAAUUUAAAAAGAAUUGAAAAAGCAAUUCAGGAAUCUGCUUGCAAUUCUCUUAUUCUCAAGAUAAAUCAGAUUGGAACUGUGACGGAGGCUAUUGAAGUGGUGAAACUGCCGAAGGAUGCUCACUGGGGAAUGGUGGCAUCACAUCGAUGGGGGGAAAUUGAAGAUUCCUUUAUAGCCGAUUUGGCUGUUCGCCUUGGCGCAAGUCAGAUCAAGGCUAGUGCUCCUUGUAGAGGGGAGCAACUGGCAAAAUACAACCAUGUUUUCUUUUCAAAUCACACUUUAUUUGCCUUUUUCUUGAUUUCGUCUUAUGCAACUCCAUACCUACCACCAUUGGCGCAUUCCAAAGACCAGACUGAUUUGAGCUUGGGGACCAAGCAAUUUAUGCCUGCCAAGACUGGAGGUCUUCAUCUUGAUCAUUAGCAUCAGGUCUUAUUCUCCAUUGUUUUCAACCUGGUACAUUUGUUCAGAGUUCUAUUUUUUCUGUGAGUGUUUUCUAUUCUUUAUUUUGGGUUAUGCUACCAUGACUUGAACCUUUGCUAAUUGGAAGUAAACAAGUAUGCCUUCU